CUAGGACUCGUAGGAGCGGGAAAGGCCUUCAAAGGGCGCAUCUUUCGUGUGUCUGCUCGUCUGAAGCGCCCCAGAAAUGAUAGGAAGCAUUGGAGUCUUAUGUAUGAGCUGCUCUCACAUGGUGCCUUUUUGAAGCUCGUGAAGGCGAUGAAUUGGCUUGCUUUGCAUCUGGCCGGCACAACUGAUAGAAGCCAAUGACCACCUUUGAUCAGAGGUCGGGCCAGCCUGGUCUGUAUACAUGGGCUUGAGCAGUUCCCGACAGACGCGUCCAAAAACUAUGAGGCGGGCUGCUGCUAGUACGUUUGCUUAACACGCACGGCUAUAAACAUGGAGGGCACUCAUUGCUGCUCGCCUGCGGCUGUGGGUCAAACCCUCAGCCUCCAAACCUGGGCUUCACCUCGGUUCACCGCUAACCUUCUCUACACUCCCACCACGCCCCUCUUGCCCGCUUUCAAACCUUGCACUUACAGCCCUAGUAGAACUUUUCCGUGCACCCAAGCGUCAGAUUGGAGAGGACAAGCAGGAAUGGCAGGAGUAGCAAAGAGGUUUGGCAGCAUAGGCGCAGUUCCAGGGCAGGGGCCGGUUAGGCGGAUACCCGGCGGGUUAAGCAGCUGGGUUAGCAAGGGAAAGUUUUCUGCCGCGCGCCGGAGGGAUGGUGAUGCGCAGACUGCGGCAGGAGUGAAGGGUUACGUCCGCUCAAAGUGGGAGGAAGGACCUUGGGAGGCGGGAGCAGGUAUUUCCCAAACAGGUGCUUCCGAAAUGCCGGAUAACAGUCCCCGAAUUCCCAGUAGAAGCCCAAGUCUGAGGGGUUCUGUGAGGGCCGAAGGGGUUGAAAGUCAGCCUACCGAAGCUGCCCGCCCAAGUAGCGCACAAACUCGGGAGUCCAAAGCUUCUCCAAACGGAAAGCAGAAGACGGUCAAUGGCGCAAACUCUCGGUCACACGUCAACUCUGCUGUUACGAAAGCGUCCAUUUCUGGGGGGUCUGCUCGAGAGCCUACCCGGGCCCCCAAUGGAAACCCCAUUGGUUUCGAACUUGUGACGGUGGGGGGAAAGCAUGCAGGCGGUGCACCCAGGUUAGAUGCGAGUGAACGGAAACUUCGGAACAGUGCACACAGCUUGCAGAAUGAGUCAUCGGAAGAGGGCGGUGCUGACGCGCCAAGUUCGAUCGAGGCGUCAAGUACCGCAACCCCAUUUGCAGUGUCAAACCCAGCCCCUAACCCGGUUGUUAAUCAGGUCCUCAAUGGAGCGCCAGUUGCAGUUCCAAACCUAACCCGAAACCAGAUUCCUACCCCAGCCCCAAACCCUGUUCGGCGGAAGUGGGAGGAGCUUCUUCCGGAGCCCCCGAAACUCCUCGAACCGGAAGUAAAGCCCCAAAUCUCAUUGGCUGCUGUGACAGAAGCGCUGACAUCAGCAGCCGCGGAGCAGGAAGAGAGCCGGCGGAAGUGGGAGCAAGAAGUUGCCCUCCCCCCUAAAGAGCCCCCGCCGCCUCCCCCCCAAAAGAUCCAAAAGUCGCGUCUGGCAGCCAUUCUGUCAAGCGAGCGCGGCGCUCUCGAGAGAGACGUGCCGUCCCAGGGAGGUGGCAUUGAAAGAGGUUCGCCCUGGGGGGGUGGCGAUCCCUGGGCAGACGGCCCCCCGGUAAGGCAGGGUUUGCACUUCUUCAAGGAUGGGUUUGAACACGCGGAAGUGGAUCCGGAGAUCCGAGAGCGGCAAAUCGCGCAGUGGCUGAGUAACAGCGGUGUGGCGGGGCGGAAGCGGGGGGAGGAGUCUUCGCCAUGGGGCGAGAGCAGCGGGUUAGGAAGGGGGUUAGGGAGCGGGUUAGGAAGCGGGUCUGAGGGUAACCUAGAGAGGAGGUCACUAAGUCAGGGGCGGGUUAAUGGAGACGGGUUUGGUGCGGCGGGGCGCAGGUUGGAAAAGGGGCCAUUUUCUGGGACUAGGGGAUCAGGAAGCGGGUUAAGUCCCCGGUUAGGGAGCGGGUCACAGUCUGAUCCUGGUGCAGGUCAUGAGGGAGAAAGGCCUCAAGCGCGGCGUCAAUUGGGUCGGGCUGAAAGGGGGUCGAGCUUUGGCAUUGAAAGGGAAGCGGCGUCUAGGUUACGGCAAGAACGUGGGAACGAACGGCCUAGAGAGAGGCUUCGUUCCGGUCCCUCAGAAAGUGGGUUUAGCCCUGAGUUCGGGGGAAACUUGGAAUCUGAGGUGAGCGACGGGUACAGAGGAACUGGCUUGGACAGGAGGCGCCAGUUCGAACCGUCGGAAAGCGGGUUAAGCCAUGGGUCAAGGAGUGGGUCAGCGUCUGGGUUUCUGGACGGGUACAGAGAUGAGAGGAUUCCCAGUCCCAGGCAACCAAGGGGGGUAGAGAGUGGGUUUAGGCGGAGGGUUGACGAGAACGACGAGGGUCAGUUCGAAGGUUACGGGUCGCGAAAGGGCGAGAGUCGGCCAAGCGGGCCAGGCAGCGGCCAAUGGGAGAGUGACAGCUGGCAAGGUCUGGCGAAAGAAGUGGAGGAGGAAAGCCCUUUUGGGCCGUCGGAAGAUGCUUUCAAGAGGCGGACAAGGAACCGCAGCCGUUUUCCCACCGUCGAAGUAGACCGCGAUUCUUGGCUCCUCGGAGGACCGCGACCGAAUUCGACGAAACGAGAAGACGACGCCCUAACCGAACCCGGUUACCCCGCUAACCCAGACCUCGAGGAGGGGGUGGUGGAAGAAGCAAGCGAUCUGAUUGGUGGGCGGGAGUUCGUGCGGGUUAGGUUACCGAGGCAGGACGAUAACCCGGUCGACGUGGCGGAUUUACACCAGGCGAUCAUGCAGCGGGAUUUCAGCCGGCUUUGGUGGCUGGUUGAGCAGAAAGGGGCGGACGUUAACCAGUUAGAUGACCGAAUUUUGGGGUACUACACGACGGCCCUCCACGUGGCAUGCGAGAUUGGAGACCCGACAAUGGUUAUCCGGUUGAUCGAAAACGGGGCGAGGGCGGAUAUUGCCGACGAGUUUGGGCGGUUUCCGAUCGUCAGCGCGCUGAUCGGAAAAGAGGGUUACGUAACCAAGAUGGCGGUUAUCGAGGCGUUGCUGCAGACCGGGGUGGGCGUGCAGCAGCGGAACCCGCUAAACGGCAAGUUGCCAAUCCACUACUCCGUGAUCGGGCCGAGUGACGUCAUCGUGUAUCUGAAAAGCAAGGGCGCCAAUCUAGACGCUAAGGACCUUGAGGGCCGCACGCCGCUGCACGACGCGCUCGAGGUCCAAGACCCAAACGACCCCGCGUUUCGAAACGUCGAGUAUUUACUGGGGCUAGGGGCGCGGCCGAAUAGCGUAGAUAAGCAGGGGAAGACCCCGUUGCAUAUCGCGGCGGAGCGGCACGAGUAUGUGCGUUGUAAGGAGUUGCUGAGGUGGAAGGCGAACGUGAACGCAAGGGAUCGGAGCGGGCGGACGCCGAUGCGGUACGUGCGGCCGCAGCCGUAUGGCGAAGACUCGAUCAUCUCCCUGUUCCAGCGCUUUAGGGGCCACCUAUAACACCCCCGUUGUGUAAACGUCCAACUAUAACACGAGUCCCAUUUCGGCCGAGCUCUGUCCCUGCCGUAAAUCUGGAUUCGUAAGGUCAAUUCGAUUCAAUUGAUGUCGCUUGGCUUCAAAGUGUCAACUUUUGUAUUCAUUCGGACAAUGGAGUUGGUGAUCAACACCAGAGAG